CUCUGUCUGUCUGCAGCACGUCUCUGGUGGAGGAGGGAAACGUGGUGAGAAUGCGGGGGCUCCCCUAUCAGGCCAACACUGAGCACGUGGCCAAGUUCCUCGCUGGUCUCAACAUCAUCCCGGGAGGGAUAGUGUUUGGUAUAAGUUCCGUUGGCCGGAGGACCGGAGAGGCCAUUGUGGUGUUGGAGACACCAGAGUUUGCUGAGCUUGCCAUCAAGAGACACAAGUACUACCUGGAGUCUCGAUACAUUGAGGUGUACGAGACGACGCCAGACGACUUCCUGAGACUGGUUGGUAGCAAAGACAGCACCCCGGUCCACGGCGGCGAUAUAGCCGUGGUCCGCAUGCAGGGGCUUCCGUACCGCGCCAACGAAGAGGACAUAGUAAGGGAGGGUCUGUGGUGGAUUGGUGAGGGUGUGCCGGCGUGGGGAUGUGAAUGGGGAGGAGUGGAGGUGUGCUGGUGUGAAAGGAGAGGAGCGGAGGUGUAAUGGGGACGAGUGGAGGUGUAUUGGUUCGUAAAGGGUGGAGGUGUGCUGUUAUUGGGGUGGAUUGGUAGUGUGUGUAGUUGAGUGUGGGGAGGAGAGGGUGGGUGGGUGAACUGUGGACCAGUGAGGUAGGAGAGGUGGCGUUAGGGAAGAGGGUGGGGGAAAGAUGGUGUGAGGAGGUGAGUGUGUGGAGGUGUGGGUAGUGGUGAGGUCAAGACCAUGGCCACCUUCCCACACAUUGCCAGGUCAGCCAGUUUACUUCAAUACUCUCGGUCUCUCUCUCUUCCACUAUUUACCAGUGUCCUCUCACACCCAACACCUCACGUAUACCAACAGGUGGAUUUCUUUGGGCAAGAUGCCCCAGUCAAGGACGGUAAGGACGGCGUCAUGAUUGUGAGAUACGCUGACGGACGAGCCACCGGAGAUGCUAUGGUUCUCUUCGAUAACGACCGAGACAUGGAGCGGGUCCUGGAAAAGAAUAAACAGUCAAUGGGCUCCCGCUACGUGGAGCUCUUCGCCAGCUCUCUCAAGGAGUUCCAGAUGGUCCUGUCUCGCUCUGGCUCAGUGGCCCAGCAGCACCACUUCAUCGACCUCCUGGGCCUCAACGUGGUGGGCAGCGGGAUGUACAAGGAUGAGGUUGUGGUCCGUGGCAGUGACAGGAACUGCGUGAAGCUGCGAGGACUCCCCUGGUCAUCAACUGCCGAGGAGGUCAUAGAGUUCUUUGGAGACCUUGGGUCUGAUAUUGCCCCACAUGGAGUACACAUGGUCCUCAAUGCCAUGAAUAGAGCCACGGGUGACUGCUAUGUUCAGAUGUUGUCAGAGGAAGCGGCUGAUCGUGUGGCACGCAGACUCCACAAGAGAAACAUGGGACACAGAUACAUUGAAAUCUUUGCGUGUACGGGAGACGAUGUGGCCCAUGCUCUGGCAGAAGGUAGCAGUGGAGGAGGAGGGGGAGGAGGGGGUGGAGGAGGAGGAGGGGGUGGAGGAGCAGGAGGAGGGGGAGGUGGCUAUAGAGGAGGGAGCAGUGGGGCAUACAGGGGAGGAGGAGGAGGGAGGGGAGGGAGACAAAGACACAACAGUGGCGGUGGCGCCAUCGUCAAAGUCUGGGGCCUUCCCUACAGCACCUCUGUGGGGCAGCUGGUGAACUUCUUUGACGACUACGACGUGAGAGAGAGGGAUUGUGAGAUAGUUCACGACAGCAGUGGUCGGGCAACUGGCAUCGCCUACGUCACCUUCUCCUCUCGUGGACUGGCCAACCAGGCCAUCAAGGAGAAGAACGGAAAGUUCAUUGGGAACCGCUACGUGGAACUCUCUCUCUACUGAUAUAUAAUUGUCUAUCUGACUAGCGACUGAAAAAACACUAACUUGCUAUGUAUGUAUAUAUGAAUACUAUAAUUAUCACGUCGUUGUAUUGAUGAUGCCCUGAUGAUUUAAGAGUUUUUGUUGGUGUAAAUAUCUCUCACUGUGAGGUAUAUACCUAUACAACCGUAGCAAUGCUCCACCGUUAAUUCACUAGGUAUCUAUAAUAAUUAUUCAU